CGGACAAGGAGCGUUCUCUUUCAAAUAGUGAAUGGGAGUUAAUUGGGCGCUAGCGGAAAAACCAAACAUUAGCAUUAAUUUCGUCAAAAAGAAGUACAACAUGCUACUAUUUUCCAAGAUGUGAGAUAAUUAACUCGUUCUCUGUAAUAUCAUAUAGCGUUGGAAUCAUGCUAUUACGUACUCUAAUAUCUCUGGUUCAAGACAACCGCAAACUCGAGAAAAAAACAAGCCCCGACCUGAAGAUCACUGACUUCAUGAUUUGACAUCGUUUUUUCCGAGUUCCCAGUUUUGUUGAAAGCAACCAUUACUUCCUCAUUUGUUUCGUAUCACUGUCUAACUAACCAAUGAAAAGGGACAUCACUGUCACCUGUUGGUGUGGAAUGAGAAGUAGUGAAUAAAAUACAAAAAUUACAGUGUGACAGCUUGGAGAGUUAUCCAUUUUUCCCUUCUUAAAUAACACACUGUUGUUCGAAUCCCACAUUUGAUCUGAUAGCGAUACUGUUAGAAAACGAAAUAGAUACUAACAUUUCCCAGAUGUAACAGCAGGCGGCAGUAAUGCGCUCGCUUUGUAUUUAUUAUGAAGAAAAAACAAGAACAAGAAUCGCACCGUUUCCUGGUGACGUAAACACAGAACCAUGAAGGUAAAAUUCUAAGCACUUAGUUUACAAUCGAUUUUCUAUCAUAGCUACAACCGAAAGACAUCGGCGAAAAUGUUCAAAGGAUGGGGAACGUGGCUGGGUAUAGAGAACACCUCGACGACAGAGGAGAGCGAAGUGGCUGACGUUGCUGACGUUGCUGUGGAGGAGAAAAUUGUUCAAGACCAAAAUGAAGUAAACAAACAACACGAACCUCCAGCAACAGAAGAACUGGGGCAGGAGGACGGAGACACCGUCCAACUCAUCUCUCAGCAAGCUAAAGGAUUCGGUGGCUUAAUAUUCAACUUUGCCAGCAAUGCUACCAAGAAGAUCUCCAACUCUGUGGCAGAGACUGCACACACCAUCAAGAAGAGCGUGGAAGAAGGGAACAUAGAUGGAAUUUUUGACAAGACUAUUUUGGGGGAUUUCAAAAAAGAACAGGACAAAUUUGUCCAAGAAAAGAAAGCUAAGAAAUCAGACACAGCUGUACCACCAUGGGUUGGCUACAGUGAGGAGGAGACCAUGCAGCAACAGAUCCUGGCUUUGUCCGCUGACAGGAGGAACUUCCUGAGAGACCCACCAGCUGGAGUUCAGUUCCAGUUCGACUCUGAGCAGAUGUAUCCUAUCGCCAUGGUGAUGCUGCAGGAAGAUGAGCUACUGAACAGGAUGCGCUUCGACCUGGUCCCCAAACAAGUGAAGGAGGAUGUGUUCUGGAGGAACUACUUCUACCGUGUGUCCCUGAUAAAGCAGUCGGCCCAGCUCACGGCCCUGGCAGCACAGCAGCAGGCUGUAGACCACAGAGAGGAGCAGAAGACCAUCAGCCCGGAGGGUGUCAGCCUCACAGAAAAUACCAUCAGACCAAAAACACCUCCAGUAUCCAUUAGUGACAUUCCCAAGAGUGGAGAGCAGGAGGAAGAGGAGAAUGAGAUCUCCACCAGCCCUGGGGUCUCCGAGUUUGUGAGCGAUGCCUUUGACUCCUGUAACAUCGACCAUGAAGACCUGAGGAAAGAGAUGGAACAGCUGGUGCUGGACAAGAAGGAGGACGCUGCAACUCCAGAGGAGGAGACAGCGGACUGGGAGAAGGAACUCCAGGCAGAGUUACAGGAGUAUGAGGUGGUGACGGAGGCAGACAACAAAGAUGACAACUGGGAUAAAGAGAUCGAGAAGAUGCUUCAGUCGGACGAGUAGAGGUGACCGACCCGUCUUGCUUCAGUCUAGUAUCUCUGAUAUGAGAGAGAGCACCAUGAAGGAUCAGAAACCAUGACCUUGUCUAGUCUAGACCAUAGAAAUAGAAUGGUAUAGAAAUGAAGGGAACCGCUGCAUACAAACCAUUAACUGUUUGUUUCAGCACACUCUAGAAUGGGAACAUCUAUGGGGUGUAUUCUGAUCUGGUGGUGGUCAGGAGUUGAAAUACUGUAUAAUAUACAUUUUCUGUCUGUACAGUUUAGUGGCUGGCUGUCAUUUUAGCUGUGAACGUUUAUGGCCGAGGAGGCAACUGACAUAUUGCAUAUUGUCAUUUUUUCUCUAUUCUGCUCUUUUCUUUUUCUGGAAUUGUUUUGCAGUUGGGAUGUGUACAUCUAUCCAAAUAAUACUUGUUUCUGUGCUACUCAAAUCCUGCUUUCAGUUUUUCCCUAAUAAAUAUACUUCUUUCCAA